AAAUUUAACAACAAAAAUGUACGAAUCCGAUAGUUCAGAAGACGAAAAAUGCAACGGUUUGAUGAAAAAAGCACUUGACGUCGAGUUACCCGAUAAUUUCGACCCCAAUUCGGUGCCGCAAACGGGUGAAGAAUAUUUACAUCACGUUAUUUACGAGAGGAGCAAGUGUAAAGCGUGGGUUACUGCCAAGGUGGACUCUGAUAAAUUCAAGCAUAAGCAGACCUUUAAAAUAAAUGUGGAUGAAAAUGUAGUUCCCAAAAUAAAUAAAGAUUUGUUACCCACAAAAGAGUGGCAAACUAAAAAAAUAAGAGACUUUACAGAGUUCAGAACAUUUAUUGAAAGCCAAAUUGAAUCUGAAGGAGAUAUAACAUGUUUUAAUGAAGAAACAUUCACUGAAAGAGUAUUAAAUGAAAAACCUACUUUUUCAGAGUUGAUACAAUAUGCACAAUACAGUAAAGUACGAAUGAUACAAAUAAUAUCAAGAAUUUUUGAUAAUUUAAACAAUGAAUUAAAUUCAAACUUAGGAUCAUGGAUUUAUGGUAUUUUAACUUUAUUAGAAGAACCAUUGAGUCCUAGUACUUGUCAUACUUUAAGGGAGUUUGCAAAAAAAUGCGCCUUGGUGCGCUCUAAGUUGCCUACAGAUGCUUCCAAAGAAUUGUUUGUUCCUUUUAAUGUGUAUAUUUGUAUUAUUUCCAGAUAUUUUAAUCAGUUAGAUUUGGCUGAUGAUUUCUAGUAAAUAAAAAGUUGUUUAA